AUGAUGAUCCGCAACGUCCCGGCACGCUGUACAGAACCGGAAUUUCGCCUCUUCCUUGACUCCAUGACAACCGCUGACUACGUGCUUGAGAUGCCAAAGACACGACAGUCGAAGUGCAAGGGGUACGCAUUCGUAGAGAUGGGCGACCCCAACUCCCUUGCGGCUUUGGCAGCAGCUUUGUGGCAGCAGAGCGUUCCCACGCGGGCGAGCACGCGUGCCUUGAAGAUCCAUCCCGCCGAGCUUGAAGAGACCACUCUGAUUCACGUCAAGCUGUAA